AUGGCGAUGACUAGUAAGGAGCUCGUCUUCGCCGUCUUCAUCAUCACAAUGUACCUAGUCCUCAACUGCGCUCUCAACCUACUCAACCGCUGGGCCCUCGGCCUGUAUGGGCUCCGCUUCCCACUCGUGAUGACGGCGUCGCACAUGAUCUUUGGCGCGUGUGCGCUCUCUCCGCUGAUGAUUCUCAACGAGAGCUACUCGUCGAGGCACGCGCACGUGAUACAGAACGACUGGAAGGGGCUCUCGAUCAUCGCCGUGAUGAACGGCUUCCAGAUCGCCUGCAACAACGCCUCCCUCACCGUCAUGGAGCUGUCGAUGAACCAGGCACCAAGCCCCACCCCGACACCCGCACUGAUGACGUCUCGGCAGCCGGCACACACAAAGCGAGGCUCGGCGGCCGUCGGCGGCG